CGAGUCGAGACCAGUCCCCGGAUGGGACCCGGGAGGAGCUGCAGAUUCUGCAUGGCACACACUUUGUGGUGGCCGCGGACUAGCCCGCUUUCAGGGACCGUCGCGAUAUGGCGUCCGUCGCCCGACUCUCGGUACCCGCGAGGCGAGCAGGCCACGAACUAAUGUGGCAUAUGCGGUGCGAAUGCCGUUCCUGGGAAGGCUCUCGUGCCCGGGGCAAAAGGCCUCACCGCAGCUGUUACAUAACAGAUUAGGUCAGGGAUGAGAUGAGGGGUGUGUUAUUGCUGCGUCUCCGAUGCUCAAUGCGCGCUGGCCAGUGCAUCAGGCACGGCCAACGCCCACUUUGACGUCACGGCGCGCACCACCGAUUCACGACCCGAGUCGGCUCAGCGGCGCCGAGCAUAAUAGGGAGGGGAAGAGGGAGGGCUAGUAGGACGAGGAUGGGAGGGCCAUGACUGGCUCAUUACGCGGCGUCCGUCGGGCACGAUCCUGGGGGGAAAACAGUCAACGAGGCAGGUACGUUGGACCCCGUCCAUACAUGUAGUCAUCCAUCCACUGUCCUCGCCCGCCACCAACACAGCACAAAACUCGUCCCCAUCCCACCUCGUUCAUGUGUUCGUACACGGGUGCUCCCCUCCCCAUCGCCAUCGCACACACUCGUUUGACGCAAUGGACGGCACGCCCAACCUGACGCAGGACGAACCCGAUCCUGACCCCGGCCCGGGCGUGGGAAGCGAGGCUUCUGGCUCCGUUGAGGCUGUCGCGCUUCCCGAGCCUCCCGCAGAGACGGCGACCGUUGCGGCCCUGAGGAAAGAAAAGGGCCGCGUGCGCUUUAACAGCAACGCUGGCGCGACAGACAGGCCUCAGCAGUCGCCCAGCCCUCAUAGUACCACGGGGACGCCGUCCCCUGAGGCUGUCGACCCUCCGCUUACAAGGCCUCGACCUUCAGUCCUCCGCGCCAACUCGUCCAGCAGCGUCGGCACUGUGGGUGACUUUGCCGAAGAUUUGGACUUUGCGCCGGGCUCAGAAAAGGCGUUAUCGGCCGCUGCCGCGCAGGAACGCGCCAAGCAAGUCGCUGCCAGGAUUAGGCGGGGGUCCGCGUCCCCGCAAGGCUCGCGAAAGAGCUCCAUCGACUCGCGCGCCGAUACUGUAACCACCAACGACGGCGAGCACUUGCUCGGCGGCGACGAGCAGGGAAUCCCGCUACGGAACUUGGGGCAUACGGGUCUCCAGGAUCCUCAGGAGCCGAAGACGGAAGCUGAGCGGCAGGCGACACAAGCCUUGAUGCAGGAUGCAUAUCAGCUAGUACAAGCUCAUGCGGCUCGAUUCGCGGCGACAACUCAGGGCCAGUCGCCGACAACAAACAACGAUACGGCAGUGCCGAGUGGCCUCCAACACGAGGUACAGCAGCAUGCCACCCCAAGCGAACUCUACGACGGCUCCAUCGAUGGAGUGUACAAUGUGCCGCCCCCUCAACAAUACCGUGGCAGUGUCCUGUCGGAGCUCCUCAAGCUCUACAAGCAGCCGGCACAACUCAUCGGGCAGCACCAGCACCAGCCCCAAGGCCAGCAUUCUCGCUCGGCCUCGGCCGGCGGCCAGUCGAGCGGCUCCGGGGGCGCGACACCAAACCGCAGGAAAUGGUACGAGCAGAACCGCUCGCAGGAAACACUAUCCAACCUCAUCGAGGCGUCGGCCCGGCUGGCCAACCCCAACACACCCGACUCUGCUGCGGGCGCCAAAGGCAAGAAGCGGCCGCCCAUGCACAAGCGAGCCGGCAGUGCAUCCAGGUUGAGCCAUCUAUGGCACAAGGAAGAGGAGGCGCGCAUCACGGUGCACAUUGCCGAGACGCUGUCGCGCCAGGGCUACAUCAUCAAGCUGUGCCGCGCCCUCAUGCUCUUCGGCGCGCCGACUCAUCGUCUCGAAGAGUACCUGAGUAUGACCGCCCGCGUCCUGGAGAUUGACGGCCAGUUCCUCUAUCUUCCCGGAUGCAUGAUCAUAUCCUUCGACGACAGGUCGACUCACACGACCGAGGUCCGCAUCGUGCGAACCGCACAGGGCAUCGACCUGGGCAAGCUCAAGGACGUGCACCACGUAUACAAGGAAGUGAUGCACGACGUCAUUGGUGCCGACGAGGGCACCGAACGGCUCAACAACCUCAUGAAGUCGAAGGAAAAGUUCAACCCCUGGCUGCGUGUAAUCGUCUUUGGUCUCACGAGCGUCACUGCCGCGCCCUUCUCCUUCAAGGCCCGCCUCAUCGACCUCCCCCUCUUGUUCUUCUUCGGCUGCACGGUCGGGCUGCUGCAGCUCAUCGUGGCGCCCAAGUCCAACCUGUACAACAACGUCUUCGAGGUGACCGCCACGGUGCUGGUGAGCUUCUUGGCCCGUGCCUUUGGCAGCAUCAACCGGGGCGAGCUAUUUUGUUUCUCGGCGCUUGCACAGGGCGGCAUCGUCAUGUUGCUGCCGGGCUACUCUGUUUUGUGUUCGGCCCUGGAACUGCAGUCUCGGGCCAUUGUGCCCGGGUCCAUCCGCAUUGUCUACGCCAUCAUCUACUCGCUCUUCCUGGGCUUCGGAAUCACCGUCGGUGCGGCCCUCUACGGCCUCUUCGACAUCAACGCGGCGUCGGAGACGACGUGCACCAACCCCCCGUCGGCCUAUUACGGUUUCAUCUUCGUCCCCUUCUUCGUCGUCUGCAUCAGCGUCCUCUACCAAGCAAAGUGGCGCCAGAUGCCCGUCAUGAUUCUCAUCGCCUUCACCGGCUACAUCGUCAACUACUUCAGCAGCCUCAAGUUCAGCGCCAGCCCCCAGAUCGCCAGCACGCUCGGUGCCCUGAGCGUCGGCGUCCUCGCCAACCUGUACUCGCGGCUGCGGCACGGCGUCGCCGCCGCCACGCUCAUCCCCGCCAUCUUCACGCAGGUGCCUGGAGGGCUCGCCUCCACGGGCGGCCUGCUCAGCGGCAUCUACACGGCCAACGAGCUCACAAAGUCCAACCAGACGGUCACCACGGCCAACGGCACCGUCACCUACCAGCCCGGCCAGCCCCUCGACAGCGUCAUCUUCCAGGUCGCCGCCUCCAUGAUCCAGAUUGCCAUUGGCAUCGCCGUCGGCCUCUUCAUGAGCGCCUUCAUCAUCUACCCGCUCGGCAAACGCCGCAGCGGCCUCUUUAGUUUCUAGAGCCCUACACGCCUCUAUGAUUUCCCCCUUCCUUCUGCCUGCCCUCCCUGCUUUUCUUCUGACGCCUCGCCAUUGCUUCACUUCUUGCAUGGUUGGCGUCCGCGGCAUCAUCAUGGUCAUUAUCAUUAUCAUCAGCAUCAUCCACACACACCAGCAUAGCAUCUCCACCGGCGUCGUUCCUGACGUCCCCUUUUCCUCCCGCCCCCAUCGGGUAUGCCCUUGGACAUGUAAUCAGGGCCCCUCACCCGCCAUUCGUAUUUAAGCCGCGGCGGGCGGUUGAAACCAGAAAAAAAAAAGCAACGUCUUUUUCCUGUCUCGUAUCUUGAUAUAUAGCUUAGUAGCCUGUUGUAGCCCAUAGAUUUAAGCCAAGUAUUCUGCUUUGUUUUCA